AUGUUCAGCCGGGGUUGCGGCACAAGCGCAAUGAGGCACCGCGGCCUCGGCCCAGAGCAAUGGAAGGAACGGGGGUUUUUAGUCACUAAGAGUCUGACACUCCCUCACGCCCCACCCUGGGCAGAGAAGAAGAGAGGAAAGAGAAGUCAUUUGAUGAUUUCCCCGUUCCGCGCGCGCCUCAAAGAGCCAUUCGACCACCACAGACGGGGCCCUAAAGAGCUGAUGUUCAGCCGGGGUUGCGGGGUAAGCGCAAUGAGGUACCGCGACCUCGGCACAGAGCAGGAGAAGGAACAGGGGGCAAUGGUUGAAGUUAAAGUGGAACAAGGACGUCUGGAGGGUGAAUUGUUGGAGACAGUGACCGGAGAUGGAAAAUACUACAGCUUCAAAGGCAUCCCCUACGCUCAGCCGCCGUUGGGGAAGUUGAGGUUCAAGGCUCCUCAGCCGGCUCUACCCUGGGAAGGCGUCAGAAAAGCAACAGAAUUCGGCCCAAAAUGUCCACAGAAAUGUAUAUUCACGAACACUGUUCAGCUUGGAAGCGAAGAUUGUUUGUACUUGAAUGUCUAUAGCCCAGACAUAAAACCAGCUACCCCGCUGCCAGUCAUGGUAUUCAUUCACGGUGGCGGUUACAAAAGUGGCUCUGGUAACGACGAUUUCUACGGACCAGACUUUCUCGUCCAACACGGCGUAGUCCUAGUAACCUUUAACUACAGACUUGAAGUACUCGGCUUUUUGUGCUUGGACACCAAGGAAGUUCCCGGAAAUGCUGGCCUAAAGGACCAAGUUGCUGCUCUCCGAUGGGUGCAAAAGAACAUCAAAAAUUUUGGUGGAGAUCCAAAUAAUGUAACAGUUUUUGGAGAAAGUGCUGGUGGUGCGUCCACUUGCUUGCAUGUAAUCUCGCCCAUGUCAAAAGGUCUCUUCAAGAAAGCUGCACCAAUGAGUGGUGUACCUUUUUGCGAUUGGUCUCAAGCUUUCUUACCUCAAAAACGUGCAUUCCUACUUGGUAAGGACCUCGGUUUUGAAACUGAUGAUCCUGAUAAGCUUCUAGAAUUCCUGCAGACUGUACCAUCAGAGAAACUUAUAGAUACAAAUCCAGUAGUGCUAUCCUUUGAAGAAUACAGCAAUAACAUACUUAAGUUUUACCACUUCACUCCAGUUGUGGAAAAAGAUUUUGGCAAUAAUGAAAAUUUCUUAACAGAAGAUCCUAUCGAAGCAUUGAGGCAUAAGAGGAUUAACGAUGUUGAUAUUUUAAUUGGUUAUACGAGCCAAGAAGUUCUAUUAGGAAUACCAAUGUUUGAAGAAAAAUUUUUGAAGCAUUAUAAUCGAUUUUCAGAAGUAUUGGUACCAAGAAAAAUUCUUAUGAAAAGCACUCCAGAAAAGAUUCUGAAAGUGGCUGAGAUGAUUCACGAUUUUUACUUCAAUAAAAAGCCACUCACAUUUGACGUCAUGAAGGAAUUUGUGAAUUACGCAAAUCAUGCGUGUUUUUCCUAUGAUGUUAGUAGAUUUGUAGCACGUCUGCCGAAGGUUGGAGCUGGUCGAAGAUAUGUGUACCGAUUCUCCAGUUUUUCUGGUAGAAAUGUCUAUGGGUCUUUAGGAUUGAAGUAUGGCAUUCGUGGAGCUUCUCACUUGGAUGACCUGAUGUACCUGUUCCAUGCUAAGGAGCAUAAUAUAAAGCUAGAAAAGAAUACGAAGGAAUACGAACUGGUCAAUAUGGUGUGCUCUGUAUUUACCAACUUCGCUAAGCACGGAAACCCAACUCCUGACUCCAGUCUGGGUGUAACCUGGCCUGAAUAUGAUAACAAGACUGAACAGUACGUGGACAUCGGAGACAGCCUAGAGAUCAGGACACCAGCAGAAGAUGAAGUAAAAGCCCUGGCCUUCUGGAAGAGUGUAUUUGAUUACGCUGGAGUGGAAUAUUGA